AUGCCUGAUCAAGUCAAGAAGGUGAAGACCAGAGAAAAGGCAGCAGACACCAAAUCUCAAAGGGAUUAUUCUGAUCUUAAAAGGCUUCUGGCCCUUCUAAAUGUCCAGUCAAGCAAGCAACAGCUGCCAGCCCUUAACUUUGAAAGUGUUAAUAAUAGCAUGACCAAGACUGAACAAUAUUCUAACAACUCUUGCAAAGAGAGAUACAGAGGUCAAUGGCAAGAAUCUACUGAAGCUGUUGAACUGGAACAUUUCAGUAUGAAUUACAAGAACGAAAGAAAUUUUAGUCAACACCCGCAGUACAAGUUAUUUCAAGACAUCUUCACUGCUUUGGUUAAAAACCGGCUUAUUUGCAGGGAAUGGACUAACCGAGCUUCAUCUGUCCAUUUUCUAAGAGUUUUAAUUUGUAUGAGAUUGUUAAUGAGAGAUCCAUGCUAUCAGGAAGCUCUUCACAAUCUGGGUGGGAUUGACAGUUUAGCACAGUACAUGGAAACAGUAACAAAUGAUUAUCUUGCCUAUGGAGAAGAGCAACAUAAUAUAGACAAAUUGGUCAACAUGACAUAUAUUUUUCAAAAACUUUCAGCUGUUAAAGAUCAAAGAGAAUGGGUUACAGCCAGUGGAGCACAUAAGACUUUGAUUAAUUUACUAGGAGCUAGAGAAAAUAAUGUGCUAGUAGGUUCACUGCUUGCUCUCACUAGCUUAGCAGAAAGCCCUGAAUGUCGUGAGAAAAUAAGUGAGCUCAAUGUUGUGGAAAAUUUGUUGAUGAUAUUGCACGAAUAUGAUUUGCUCUCUAAAAGGCUGACCGCAGAAUUACUCCGCCUCCUUUGUGUGGAAUCCCAAGUCAAGGAACAAAUCAAGUUGUAUGAGGGGGUGCCCAUUCUGCUUAGCCUGCUUCAUUCAGAUCAUCUAAAACUACUGUGGAGUGUAGUUUGGAUUCUGGUACAGGUUUGUGAAGAUCCUGAUACCAGUGUUGAAAUUCGAAUUUGGGGUGGAAUCAAACAGCUCCUUCAUAUUUUGCAAGGGGAACGAAAUCUGUUUUCAGAUCAUUCUUCCAUUGGGAGUUUAUCUAGUGCAAACACAGCUGGGAGAAUCCAGCAGCUUCAUUUAUCAGAAGAUUUAAACCCCCAUGAGAUACAAGAAAAUACAUUUUCUCUUCAAGCAGCCUGCUGUGCUGCCAUUACUGAAUUGGUCCUUAAUGACACCAAUGCCCACCAAGUAGUACAGGAGAAUGGGGUAUAUACGAUAGCAAAGCUGCUUUUACCUAAUAAUCAAAGGAAUAUAGCAAAGGCUAAUUUAUUACAGUGUUAUGCGUUCAGAGCCCUGAGAUUUCUUUUCAGUAUGGAAAGGAAUAGACAUCUCUUUAAAAGGCUCUUUCCUACAGACUUGUUUGAAAGCUUCAUAGAUAUUGGGCAUUAUAUUCGUGAGAUCAGUGCUUACGAAGAGCUAGUAUUGAAGUUAAAUGCGUUACUGGAGGAUGAAGUUAAGCAAAUUGCUGAAAAUAUUGAAAACAUUAAUCAGAACAAAGCGCCUAUGAAAUACAUAGGCAAUUAUGCAGUUUUGGAUCAUCUUGGCAGUGGAGCUUUUGGAAGUGUUUACAAGGUUAGAAAACAUAGUGGCCAAAACUUUCUAGCAAUGAAAGAGAUUAAUUUACAUAAUCCAGCAUUUGGAAAGGAUAAAAAAGACCGAGAGAGCAGCGUGAAGAACAUUGUCUCUGAAUUAACCAUAAUUAAAGAACAGCUUUAUCAUCCCAAUGUUGUGCGAUAUCACAGAACCUUUUUAGAAAAUGAUAGGUUGUAUAUAGUCAUGGAGCUCAUAGAAGGGGCACCCCUUGGAGAACAUUUUCACUCUUUGAAGGAAAAACAACAACAGUUUACAGAAGAGAGAAUAUGGAAUAUAUUCAUUCAACUGUGUUUAGCUCUUCGGUAUUUGCACAAAGAGAAGAGGAUUGUCCAUCGAGACCUCACUCCAAACAAUAUCAUGCUGGGAGAUAAAGAUAAAGUAACAGUCACUGACUUUGGUCUUGCAAAGCAAAAACAGGAAAACUGCAAACUCACUUCAGUUGUCGGAACUAUUCUCUACUCCUGCCCUGAAGUUGUAAAGAGUGAGCCAUAUGGUGAGAAGGCUGAUGUCUGGGCUGCAGGAUGUGUCCUAUAUCAGAUGGCAACUUUGAACCCUCCAUUUUAUAGCACCAACAUGCUGACCUUAGCAACUAAAAUAGUAGAAGCUGUUUAUGAGCCAGUACCAGGAGGUACCUAUUCUGGAAAGAUAUCAGCCGUCAUAAAAAGAUGUUUGACCCCUGAUGCAGAGACUCGUCCUGAUAUAGUAGAGGUCAGUUCAGUGAUUUCAGAUCUUAUGAUGAAGUAUUUAGAUGGAUUAUCAAAUUCCCAGCUUGUCUUGGAGAAGAAAUUGGAACGUGAGAGAAGGCGUACUCAGAGAUAUUUCAUGGAGGCCAAUAGAAAUGCAAUAACGUGUCACCAUCAACUUGCUGUGUUAUCUCAGGAACGGUAUGAAAAGUCAAGUCUCAGCAGCAGUAGUAGUGGAGCAGCUAGUUUAAAAAGUGAAUUUUCUGAAAAUAUUGAUAUUCUAUCUGAAAACUUCCAUCAGUCUUCUGGAAAAGAUGAAGAGAAAGAUGAAACCCUGUCAGAUGAUAACUGCACUUUAGAAAACACGGAUAAAGAUGUCUUCUCCGAAUUAGAUGACGAAUUGGAUAUUUCAGACCAUUCCAGCAGUUCUAGUUCAAGUCCACUUAAAGAGUCAGCAUUUGGUAUUAUAAAACGCAGCUUCAGUGCUUAUGAAAGACAGCCUCAGGCAAGAGAUUACACUGGAAUUCCAGGAUUCAGACCAAGACCUGCUUUGCUGCCCCUUGAUCUGCUUCUGAAAGCGCCUUCGUUCAUGUUCAGGGCCCACGUUAAGAAAAUAGAGGAUUCGUUAGUGACAGGGUGGAAAUCCCAUAGUCUUCCUGCUGUGAUUCUGCGCAAUCUGAAAGAUCAUGCAUCAGCUGGGAUUGCUGUGUCACAACGGAAGGUGCGUCAGAUCAGUGAUCCUAUUCAACAGAUUCUAAUUCAGCUGCACAAAAUUAUUUACAUCACUCAGCUGCCACCAACUCUGCAUUGCAAUUUGAAAAGAAGAAUUGUUGAGAGAUUCAAGAAAUCUUUAUUCAGUCAGCAGAGUAAUCCAUGUAACUUGAAGUCUGAGAUUAAAAAGGUACUUCAAGGCUCUCCAGAGUUGAUUGAGCCUAAUUUUUUGACCUCAGAUUGUCACUUGUUGCUUCACUCUUCAGGUGGCAGUACUUUAGUCCUAGAUGACAGACCAGGUCUUCCUAGCAUUUUUGAUAUGGAUGAAGGAAUGACAUAUGAACAAAUGCAGACUGUGAUCGAAGAGGUUCUGGAGGAAUGUGGAUAUUACAAUUUUACCUCAAACAGGUAUCAAUACUAUCCAUGGGGAGCAAGAAAUCAUCCAGCCAGAAGAUGAGCACCUGGAAUUCUGACUACAUUGGCAGGUUUUCUAAUGAGGUCUAAAUGUCUUGACUUCAGCUGUUACUGUCUCACUGCCAAAAGGAAACACUUUGCAUAAAAUACAAGGCAAGAGGAAACACAAAGAAAAGAAAAAGCAAUCCAACCUUCUGUGUAGCUUACAGAGAAUCCCCCAAACAGUAGAACUAUAGCACAUAUCUCUGGCAGUAGGUAUAUGCAAUAUAGUUUUGGUUGUCAAGGUACGGUUUGUACAGAAUGUAAACAUUCUUCCAGGUACUUCCAUUAAGGUGACAAUGCACUGCUGUUCAGCCCAUUCUUGAUUUUUGGAAUGGUCUGUUGAAUACUCAGGUUUAUUGGAAAUCUAUCUUAGUUUUUAUAGAUUUGCUAAUAUCAGACCUUAUAUUUUUUAUAAUAGAAUAUAUUUUGUGAGGAGAGAAAUUCAGAAUGUUUGAGGAAACGGGACAAACUCUUGCUAUAUUAGAAUCAAAAAUAGUUUGGGAGUCAGAAAAAAGCAUUCAAAAUACUACUUUAGUUACUUGAAUUAGUUGGGGUUUAUGCUGCAAAUAUGGUAUAUUAGACAGUAUUCAUAACUUUUACAGCUUCUAGUAUUUGUUAAAUCUGAAGGUUAAAGCUUGGAACACAUUUAGAUUCUAUAAAUAAGUAAAUUCCAGUGUCCGAUCUAGAUAUAGAUAUAAAGCCACACAAAAACCUGUACAGAUAUAUCUAUAUUAAAUAAAUACCCUAAUUAAUUUUUAUUGCUAGUCAGAUAUGUAGCAGAUAAUGCACUUUGGAGAAACUAAAAGUGUUUCUUAAAAAUGCUUGUAAAAUAGUAAUGCACAUGUCACUGUUACCUAGACAUUUCCUUUCCUUUGGCAUUUUUCAGUGCUAUCAAUUUAGUAAAUAUUGAGUAAAUGUAUGGUUAUCUACAAUAAUGCUUUAAGUGACAUAGAUUGGAUGUAAUAUUUCCAAAUUCCAUUGCCUUUUUUUAAUGAGAACAUUUUUAAAAGCUUUAACAUAGGUUAUAAGUCUUUUGGCACAUAAGGUGAAGGGCAACAUUGGAUAUUGUUUGAGGGGACUGGAAGAGAAAGGGGAAUCCAUUCUACCAACUGUAUUUAUUGGUAGUCACACUGUUAGAAUUUACAUAUUAUAUAAUCUAUAUGUACACUAACAUUAUUUUUGAAGUUACAUGCUUACUGUAAUUUAAAUUACUAGGAGGCAUAAUACUAAUACAGGACACCAUUUUUACUUGAGAUAGAAAUGGAGAAUGCAAGCUAGGAAAAAAGUGUGUUCAAAUUGCCUACUCUAACACAUCUUAAUCUGCCACAAAUGACAUGAUUGAUUUGAGGUAAACCAAAAAGGACAUUUGAAAUCUAAACAAGAGAACUGCAAAACACUACAUAGCAUUGCUGUUUGUCACUUUCAAAAGGCAGUAAUAUUUCAGCAGUGUUUGCUGCAUUUAGGUGAUAAAGUUGGUAAGGAAGAUGCACAUACUGAAAUAUUCAGUAGGACUGCACAGAUCAGAAAUUGGCCAGGUUCCAAUAUGUAUGUACAGUGUGUUUUAGGGGCUGUGGAUCUCCUCUUUGCAUUUUGCUUGUUCACCACAAUAAAAUCAGUGGAACUAAGCAGCUGCAUGGUUCAUAGGUGGCAAAUAUUUUUGCACAACAAACUGUGUUCAAGACAUUUAAUGUGGAAAGUGCAAUAGUUCUGAAGGAUACUGAUAGACAACAACAGAUAAAAAUAAUAGUAACUGAUCCAGUGGCAAUUGCAAGGGGUGGUCAAGAUGGUAGCCACAGAAUCAUGGUUAAAACCCCACCCCUUUCUACAUGCAUCAGAUGUUGACACGCAUUCAAAAGAGGUGGGCUUCAAUUACAAAGGCUCAACCACUGUUGUGUCUGUCUUGAUGCUGCCUACAAACACCACUGAACUGAGCUGUCAUACUUUUUGGAUCAGAAAUUAAAAACUGGGCAGAAUUUUGUUCAGGCAAUGACAGUUUUUCUAUUGCAUUGUCUCAAAAGUGAUUCUUGAUAAUUAGGGAAUUGAUAGCUCCGAGCCAUGUCAAAGACAUUUUGUUGAUGCUGAAAUUGAUAGAAACUGGUCACCCAAGAAUCUCUUUAGAUCCAAGGUCUCUCCCCCUCAUGCUUUUCUAUUCACAGAUUCUGUUCUGUACCAAAUUAAGCGAAUGCAGAGAUUUCCCUGUGGUUCUUCAAACUAUGUACCACAGCAGGGGCAUCUUUUCAGGUAUAAACAAACUUAGGGCAUACCAUAAAUUUCAAGGAAACUCUGCUUCCUAUCACUGCUGAUAUCACAGUGUAGUUAAGAACCUUUGUAUUUGUAUAGUUUUCCUUCCAAUUUUUUUAUUGCUGUUACCAUAGACCAAAUGCUUGUACAGUGAUACUGAAUUUGACAGUACCAUCUGUAAUGGCCUUUGAAAUAGGAACCAUUUGAGAGUCUGAUUUUGAAAUUGCAAAUAAUAAAGCAUGCUGAUUACUUUUUUAAAAAAAUGUGUGUAAUUAUACUGGCAACCUUCAAAACUCAACAUUCAUCAUUUUGGGAAUAAAAAAAUAAUCAUGGCAUCUUUCUAAUUUUAGAAUAUCAGACUACCAAAAUCAUUGCAAGGUGGAACAUUUACAUUCACAAUGACUUUGAUUUAAAAUAUCAUCUAGUGAAAAGAUAGAACAUUCUACCUAGAAUAAUAGUUUUGCCUCAAACACUGAAAUUGAGGAAGGUUCUAAUUAUUUUUCUCUGCUCUCUUCUUAUAGCAAUUUUGUUUUCAAGUGUUAGCAGGAAGCAAUACAAAAUUGACUUUUUAUGCAAUUAUCAUCUAUACAGCUUUUUAUUUAGUAUAGUUACAGUAACAGGGAUGGCUUUUUUCUAAAUUUAUUAAUAUGCUACACUAGUUGAUAAUUGAAAGUAUUUAUUGAUAAAAUAAACAUAAUAUUGAAAUAUA